GCGUUGAAGCGCGAGCCACGCCGCCAGCAGAGAGGGGUUCCCCUUGGCGACCGCGAGCGCAGAGCGGAGAGGCAGACAGAGGCUCGGCGUGCGGGGAGAGCUCGGACAACAACGAGGAAGUGCCGCAGGGGGACCGACUGAUCAGGCUGGUGUAACUCAAAAGUGCGUACUUCUGGAAGUGAAAUGUCCAGAUUUGAAGGCUGAAGCGGAGGAAACUUUGCGCCUCUCGUCGCGCGCUCUCUCGCGGCGGACUCAGCUCUCCGAUGCCCAAAGAGAGCAGGAGAAAGACCUCCAAAGACUUCGGGCUCUCCGGGACUGGAAUAAACGAGGGGUCUCGUUUAGAGCGAAGACCGGCCGGGAAGUCAUCACAGAUUUGCGAUGAGCUCCUUCAGAAAGCCGCUCGAAUCUCCCCGUCGUCCGCAACCGGAGCGCCGACUGUGAUGGAUGCGCGCCGGGUACCGCAGGUUACCAUCACCCCGGAGGGCGGCGGCUCCUCCCGGGAGAUGCAGCAGGAGGACUGGGAUGAUGCGGUGGACGGCACCCUGCGCAGGAAACUGUCCAACUCCUCCAUCUCCUCCACGGGAUCCUCUGCCGUUGAGUCCGAGGAUGACUUACUCAGUGACAACGAGAGCAAAAGCAAAGGCAUCAUAACUCUAGAGCAUCUGGUGGACACCGGAGAGGCCUGUUCUCUAGGCUGGGAACCACUGGACAACACUACCCAACUGUUUACACAGCAGAGCAAGCCGUGGUGGAAGUUAAAGACGAUUGUUCACUGGCCUUUCAGCGCUACCCAGAGGAGGAAACUAAACUGGGUUCAGCUCGCUGGGCAUAAAGGUAACUUCAAAGCGGCAGAUGAGGGCACCAUUCUGAAGAAGUUUUCGGAAAACGAGAUGCAGUGUUUCGAGAAGCUGAGGGGUGACGCACUGCUGCCAUUUGUUCCCGGUUACCAUGGCGUUGUGGAAAAAGACGGAGAGUCUUUCCUCCAUAUGACUGACCUGCUGGCGAACUUUGACCUUCCCAAUGUCAUGGACUGUAAGAUGGGAGUGAGGACGUACUUGGAGGAGGAGCUUGUUCGAGCACGAGAACGGCCCAAGCCAAGGGAGGACCUGUACAGGAAAAUGGUGGAGGUGGACAGCGAAGGGCCAACGCCCCAGGAGCAUUGCCAGCGAGGCGUCACCAAGCCUCGCUACAUGCAGUGGAGGGAGACCAUGAGCUCCACCAACACCCUGGGCUUCCGGAUAGAAGGGAUCAAGAAAUGUGACGGUACAUGUCGAACUGACUUCAAGAAAACCAGAUCGAAGCAGGAUGUCAUCCAGGUGUUCAAGGACUUUGUUGGAGAGAAUGUCAACAUUGUAAAGUCUUACCUGAGCCGACUGACAGAGAUCUGGCAGGCCCUAAAGACAUCAGAGUUCUUCAAGCGACACGAGGUCAUUGGCAGCUCUCUCCUCUUUAUCCAUGACCACACGGGCAAUGCACAGGUCUGGAUUAUUGACUUUGGCAAGACCACAGCGUUACCAGAGGGCCAGACGUUAAACCAUGAUGUUCUCUGGCAAGAGGGCAACCGGGAAGAUGGUUACCUGUGGGGCCUGGAAAACCUCAUCCACACACUGGAGUCUUUAAGCAACAAAGGGACCAGCGAACAAACCUGUUGCUCGGUUACCAAAGAAGAUAACCAGAAUAUAGAAACAGAUGGCUAGUAACCUUUGAUUUAUAAAUGUGUGUAAGGAACUCAAACUAUUUUAAUGGGCACCACAGGGAGACCAUUAAGGAAGGAUUCAUAUAUGUUGAUUUGCUUAGGGAGCUCUAUGAGCAAUGUUAAAAAGAGUUAGGAAAUGCUACAAGACAGAACUUUUUGUGUAGCCCAAGAAGAACUUUAUAAAGCUCUUGAACAGUGGGCAGAUAAGACCAGCGCCCACAGUGAUCCCAUGCUCUGACUUUCACCAUUUCAAGCAACAACUGACCAUAUUUGGCACUGAAAGGUUUGGUACUUACACUGACAGAAAAGACAGGAUGGACACUGAACAGAGAGGAGCAGAGAAUUUGUCACUGGUUUGAGCAAAUAUACUGACACUAAUCCAACUUCCUACAAAAUGAACAGAAGUGAAAGUGUAGGCUUUCUGCAUUUCAGUUUCACGGGUGGGAUGUUGCAUGUGAAGGAAAUGCUCAUAAAAUCCUAAUUAAAUCAAGGAGAGUCAAGUAACAAACUCAGUCUCACUGUAACCAUCACCCUUGAGUGUAAUAUUAAAGCACAAUUUCUUUUCAGCAUGAAACUCUGGAUCAUAGACCUCAUAGUCAUAUGACUAUAAAAUUAUAACACAUUUUCAGUAUAGUACUACAUAAUGAUUAGACUGUAUUAUCAGUGUCACUUUAUUGAUAAACUGUCAUGAAUUGUGUAUCAAUUUAUAUUACUUUCACUGAUUUUAUUCCUGUAAUCACUUGUAAUUAUUUUCAUUUCCCGUGCUGUAGCAUAACUUGUUAGAUACGGAUGCUACAAUGUUUGUUAUAGCACAUUUGUUUUGGUCUGGAUCGUAUCACUGCCCAGAAUAUGACACGUGAGAAGUGUUAUACAAAUGAAAUGAAUGAAAAUGUACAUGGAAUUAAAAGGGGACAAUUGAGUUUUUGUUUUUUAAAUUUCAAUAGUAAAACACUAUUUUAGGGUAUCUAAUAUGUCAAUCAGGACUGAGUUCACACCUGUACAUAUCCUGUAACUGGGACAAAACUGCGUGUAACUAAUCAAACUUACAAAGAUGAGAUAAAUAUAUGAUGAUUUAUUUGGGGCACAGUUAGGUUACGAAAGUGUGAAAGACAGUAUAUUGCAUAGAAUGUCUUUACACUAUUGGUUGAGGCAUAACACCCUCAGCUACAUGAAGAAUACAGAAAAAAAAAAAAACUUUUC